AUGCGAGCAAUUCUUCGUGGCCACGAGUGUGAUGACAACACAUCUUCGCCGCUCGGUUCGGUCAACAAUCCCAUUAUAUGCCUCGUCGAAUUCCUCGCAGUGCCAAGUCCGGAUAUCGUAAAUAACCUCUUCGGGCUUAAACUUUGCGACGUGUAUGCCAUGAAGGAAGUGUUGGAGUUCGACAGCCAAGGCGAAAUGACUCUGGCCGGCCACACUGGUCUAGCAGCCGUGGACACUUUCCUAACCGAGUCCUACGGAACCCACUCCGGGGUUCUGAAUGCCCACCAAGGAGAGAUCCACGCGUCUGGGUACUGUCCCGAUUCAAAUCUCAUCGAUGCGGUGAACAACGACGUUCUCAAUCUAAUGGGAUUCUACCUGAGGCUUCGGGCAGGAUGGAGUGUCAGCGAUGCCAUAAACUUUCUUGACGACCUAUUCGCAAGCGUAACGGGCACCGUGUACAUGGAGGUUCAAGCAGCUGACAUUCCCAUGGUCACCACCGACAUGCAGAGGUAUUUUACAGUGCUAGUCGUUCUCCCACCUGCCGUGCAUAAAGACAGCCUGGAGCACCUCAAAGUCGCAACCCUGGCAAAUCCAUUUCGCCACAUCAAUGAUACCAUAGAGAACGCGACAAAACUAUUGCCGAACCUUAAGAUCUGCGCGGCGUUCACAAUGGCUGCGCUAAAGUCUGCUUCGGCAGUGGGGAAAAUCGACAAGCCUGGAGAUCCUGCCGAAAGCGUUACCCCUGUCAAGCAGUCCGAAGUAUGCACUUUGCCCAAUGCCAAGCAAGACAAAAAGGACAAAUCAAUGUACAUCGCGGGCGCACCCUUUUACAGUUUCGACACCAAUAAAACCAUGUUUGAGAAGGUGCGUGACAUUCUGACUCAGUACAACCAACUGUGUCUCGGUGCAAUCAACGUGCUGCAUGACGACUGCCACGAAUUCGCCCUUCUCAAGAUGGCCAAAACAGUGUUCGACAAGAACUUCGACUGAUUGACGCGUCAUGUAGCUUAGUGCGUGCGUUUUUCUUUUGUGCAUCUAUUCUUUAUUCGGACCGAUAUUACGGCGGCACGAGUUAUAACCUGCCGCAGCAAUACAUUUGGGUGGCUUCGUAACUUUUCGCGCUCUUCCCUGCUUUAAGGCAGUGUCGAAGGACGAACGCGAAAGCUGUUCAAUCGCUGCCUGCACCUUCGGUAAAUGCUUCCGCAAAAGGCCCAAUUGCACCUACUCCGACCACAACUGAAAGAAAGCAAACUCUGCGUCAGUAUAACGGAGGUCUGGACAAGUUUUUCGCCUGUCGGUGAGUUCAGCAACGAUUCAUGACGGGUAUGA